CUCUCGUGAUCCCGCCUUUAUCUCGGCAUACAAUGCGCAGGUCCCAAGAUGGCUGCCUCCAUGUCGUUGAAUUUAGCAAAGUUGCAUUUACGUGUUUGCUUACAGGGUGUGGAAUCUUUAUUGAAUCCUGGCCGCUUGGCUCCAUCCUCUCUUAUGGUCCCAGUGAGAACAAAAAAGCGACAUUACAUUCCCCCUUCUGUCAAUUCAAAGUAUUCUACUCCAGAAGAGCAGCAAAAGCAUGCAAGAGCUGCAGGGUUUGUGAUACCUAAUGAACGGUUGACACGCCCCAUGAAUAUUUCUUGCACAGCUGGGAUCUUCGAUCCUUAUGUUCCUCCAGAAGGAGAUGCUCGUGUGUCGUCGUUGUCAAAGGAAGGGCUGAAGCAAAGGGCAGAGCAAGUCAAGCAGUCAGCAGCUUCGCAGCUUGCGAUCCGAAAGGUCAAAAAUCAUGAUCCUGACUUCAGCACAAAAGCAUUUGCAGAAAAAGCCCAGAACAUCUUUAUUGAAGCUCACAAUCACUUGACCAACUUUAACAAAGAGAAGCUUCACUCUUUAGUGACUGAACGCUGUUACCCGGAAAUGGUGCGAGGAAACAGAUACAAGUCUAUCCGAUGGAGUUUUCUUGAGUCCCUGGAGCCUCCUAGGGUAGUUCAGGUGCGAUGUCCAGAUAUGGUGAGCAAAGGCAACCUGUAUGGACAAGUGACAGUUCGAAUGCACACUCGGCAGACUCUAGCUAUCUAUGACCGGUUUGGGAGGCUGAUGUAUGGUGGAGAGCAGAUACCAAAGGAUGUCUUGGAAUACAUUGUAUUUGAGAGGCAUCUGAUCAACCCGUACAGUCAGUGGAGAUUGCAUGGGAAGAUUGUUCCAGCUUGGGCUCCUCCAAAAGACCCAAUCCUUAAGACUGUUAUGAUUCCAGGACCAACUCUGGAUCCUUUGCAAGAAUAUGAAGAAAUCAAUAUUCCCCAAGAGGCACCGGCCCCAAAGACUCAGUGGUACAAAUAAUGCCGAAAGGUAGAGCUGCAGGGAACAGAAUUUGAUAUUGUCGGGCAAGGAGACUGCUAUUGAAUUGAGUCCUGCCAGUUUUAGAGGCCUCUUCUUUUUUAUGCCUCUGUUGCAGUCCUUUUCACAUGGGUACAAGUGAUUUGUGUGCAGGGGUUCUUGAGAACUUGUAACAAAGCUCCAAGCUGUUCAGAUAUGUAUGGGGCAUUCAGCAGACUGCCAACCAUCAGUGCUGUUGUAUCUCUUCAGUUUUCCAUGUGAAACCCAUUAUUUGGUGAUCAGUAAAUUGAUUGAUUUGAAA